AUGAAUUCAAAACAGCAUGCUUUAAGUCACGAGCAAGAAAUUAUAUUGAAAUUAGUUGAGUCAAAAUACAGUUUGUUCCUUACUGGACAAGGUGGCUGUGGAAAGUCGUAUUUGAUAAAAAAAAUUGUGGAAAAAGAAUCCGCUCGCGGAUGUUGUUUUGUGACUGCUUCGACUGGAAUUGCUGCAGUCAAUAUAUCAGGAACAACUAUACAUGCAUUUGCUGGAAUAAACACUGGAACAAAAUCUUCACACGAGCUCUUAGGCACUGUUAUAUCGAAUGAAGAAGCUGUUAAACGUUGGAAUGAUUGCAGAAUUUUAGUUAUAGACGAGAUAUCUAUGAUUGGAGCUGCCCUGUUCGAAAAGCUCGAUUAUGUUGCUCGUGGAAUUCGAGGUAAUUCUCAACCAUUCGGUGGUAUUCAGUUGUUGCUGAGUGGAGACUUCGUUCAGCUCAAACCUGUCAGCACUGAAGGCUGUGAAAAACAGGAUUACUGCUUUAAGUCUACUUUAUGGAAUAAAUGUGUAGAUUUUAGUUUGGUGUUGACAAAAAUAUUUAGACAGAACGAGCAAGAACUUCGCCAUCUCCUUCAAGAUGUCAGAAAUGGCUGUAUUUCUGUUAUGUCCCGAAAUUUAAUUCAUUAUUUAAGUCGUGAUUUGAAAUGCGAUCCUUUGGAUAAAGUUCGAUUAUUUCCUCUUAGAGAAGAUGCCAAAUUAGCCAAUGACGAGUGUAUUGAACUUAUUCCUGGAGAAAAAUUUGUCUAUAGAUCACAGGACGACGGUAAGGUGUCUGUAUUUGAACGAAGAUGCUCUGCCGUUUCAGUUUUAGUUCUAAAAGUUGGAGCAAGAGUAGUUUUGUUAAAGAAUCUAGACAAAUCAUUAGUAAACGGUUUGAGAGGAACUGUAAUCGGAAUAAGUGAUGGAUAUCCUCGU